AUAAAGGGAAUCCUUCAUGGACUUGAUCCGUUGAGGUGUUUUGGUGGGUGACAGAAAAAAAGCGAUUAGGUCACAGAUCUGGUACUGAUGCUUCCAAAGGUCCUUAUGCUUCUUUUCGUCUUCCUGUGGCAAGCCAGUGCUGGGAAGGAAGCACCAUCCCUUAAUGACACCAUAAUUAUAGGCAUGAGGCUGGAGAAUAGUAGCAAGGCCGAGACAGCCAUUUUGGAAAACGGCAGAAUCCAAGUGGUGGAAGGAAGCCUGAUUUACCUUCGCAUCUAUGGUAAUGGCAUCCACAAAUUCAGCUGGCGGAGGAUUCGGUUUGUGGAGAUGACUUCCUUGAGUACUUUCAUCAGGGACUUUUCAGUCUGCCCUCAAGGAACAAGUGAUUUAUUGAUACAGCCGUACAGCGGCGACGUGCAAAAUACUUCUGCCAUACUCUCUGUGAAGGUCCAGAUCCUGAGGAAGAAUAUCCACUUCAAGGACUACAUGAUGUGCCUUGAGGAUCAUCGUGGGAAACCACGCCAGCUGCUCAAGGAUAGUCACCUGAUCCUCCAAGUGAUAGAGGACAAAGGUUUGCAGCUACCCCGCUGGCUUGAAAUUACCUUAGUAGUUACCCUCUUGGCGCUCUCGGGGAUGUUUAGUGGUCUCUCCCUAGGCCUAAUAUCUCUUGACCCUAUGGGAUUGCGCAUUGUGAAAAAUUGUGGCACGCCCAAGGAGAGGGAAUAUGCCACCAAGAUCGAACCCCUCCGAAUGAAAGGGAAUUAUUUGCUCUGUUCUUUGCUGCUCGGUAAUGUUUUAGUCAAUUCUUCUCUCACCAUAUUGUUGGACACAGUUAUUGGGGAAAACGCUUGGUCUAUUGUGAUCUCUACUAUUUCCAUCGUCCUCUUUGGGGAGAUCCUUCCACAGGCUUGCUCCCGUCAUGGUUUGGCAAUAGGUGCCAACACCGUCUUCAUCACAAGGUUGGUUAUGUUAAUAACCUUCCCGGCCGCUUACCCUAUCAGUAAGCUCUUGGACUACCUCCUUGGGAAAGAAAUGGGCACUGUCUACAACCGAGAGAAGCUGAUGGAGAUGAUUCGAUUGUCUCAGCCUUAUAAUGACUUGAUGAAAGAAGAGCUGAAUAUCAUCGAAGGAGCCCUGGAGUUGAGGUCUAAGAUGGUGGAAAGUGUCAUGACCCCAUUAAAAGACUGCUUCCUUAUCAGCAGCAAUGCCAUCCUGGACUUUGAUACAAUGACUGAGAUCCUACAGAGUGGCUACACCCGGAUCCCAAUCUAUACGAAGGAAAAGACGAACAUUGUUGACAUGUUGUAUGUCAAAGAUCUUGCAUUUGUCGAUCCAGAUGAUCGCACCCCAAUCAAGACAAUCACCAAGUUUUACAACCACCCAAUCCAUUAUGUCAGCAACACUACCAGACUGGAUGCUGUGCUCGAAGAAUUCAAAAAAGGUAAGUCUCACCUGGCUAUUGUCCAAAAGACGUAUGAGGUUAACCACGAACAAGUCUUAGAAGUGGUGGGCUUAGUAACCUUGGAGGAUGUCAUUGAAGAAAUCAUCAAGUCUGAAAUUGUGGAUGAAUCGGAUAUUUACGUUGACAAUCGAUCUAAAAGAAAAGUCACUGGGCUAAGGAAGUGGGAUUUCUCUGCUUUCAGGGAUUAUGAAGUCGAAACAAAGAUCUCCAAGCAGCUACUCUUGGCUGCCCAUCGCUUCCUCUCCACAGAGAUCCUGCAAUUUUGCCCCAGCCUCAUCUCUGAAAAAUACCUCUUGCGUUUGCUGAAGCACCGUGAUGUCAUUUGUGAGCUGAAAUUUGAUGAGAACUUCAAGGAAUCUCCCCACCAUUACUUGUACCAACGUAAUAAGAUGGCAGAUUACUUCAUCCUCAUCUUGCAGGGGAAGGUGGAGGUAGAAGCGUGUAAAGAAAACAUGAAGUUUGAGAAUGGACCCUUCUCCUACUAUGGGUUCAUGGCUCUUGGGCCAUCUAUCCCAGCAGGGCUUGAGACCAGCUCUGUGGCUCGUUUGAACAGUAUCAGCCGGAAGAGCUACGAACAGAUGAGUUCUGCCUACAUCAGCAGCAUCAGCACCAACCAGGUUCUUCCCAGCACCAGCCUGCAAUAUAUGGCUGACUUCACUGUCCGAGCCCUCAGUGACCUCCUGUAUAUCAAGAUCACACAGGAGCAAUACCAGAACUGUUUAAUGACCUCCUUAAUAGACAGCAAUAACACUGGAGAACUUACUGUUAAGGAACCUGACUUCUUGAACCCAAGCAAUCCUCCACCCAAUUUGAAGGCGGUCGAAGAAGAAACAUCUAAAUCAGAAUAAGGGUUGGCUGCACAUCAUUCAAACAGAUCACAAGGACCCGAUUCUAGAAAACCUUCUGCUCGAACCCCAACAUUUGCCUUCCAGUUGUCACCUAAGGUCCUUUAUCUCACAAGAUAAUCCCUUUAUCAUCUUCAGGAUGGCAAACUCUACAUUUGGGAAGUGAGGAAGCUCUUGUUUACCUAUGUUCCCCCUCCCUCCCCUCAAAAUGCACUCUGCAUCUUUCUUCAUUUUUGGUUGGCUUAGGGACUGUCACUAAUGCAAGUGGUUUUAUUUUCUAUAAUCAAAUGGGUGAGGAGAAAGAUUUUCAUUGAUCCUGUGGCUCAAAAGGGAAAUGGCCAGAGACCCCCUGUCCUCCCAUGUUUGCAAUGAGAUUUGCCUGCUCGCGCUUCUUACUGAAUUAACAAAACAAAUAAGCGUUAUUAAUGCUUAUUAACAAAACAAACUUAAACAUGUGUUGAGCCGCAGGAUUUUUUGCAUAAACUCUGUUGAAGUGAGUACAACUUGGCAGCCAUUCCUUCACUACAGAAGAUUCUAGAAUAUAUUUUUAUAGGGUUGAUUCUGCUUAAAACGAGUGCUUUAGAAGAUAAUUCUGAAGCAAAAACAUGCUUAUUUCUAUGAGACAGAGAAUGUUUAGGGAGGGAGUACCUGGAGAAAUGGAUGACAUCUCCUGUUUAAAAAAGCUACCGAUUUAACAAGUGGAUUGUAAUUAUUUUCGCCUGCUUUUCUGUCUGUACUUUUUCUUAUCAUAAACUAUUUAUUUGAGUUUGCCACAGGCCACUUUGAUAGAAAUGUGUGAUUUUUUUUUCUUUUUAAAUGUGGAAUUUCCUUACGUAUGAAAUUAUGCUACCUGCUCAUAUGUAAAAUGGGAUUUCUCCUUUUGAGUUGAUAAUAAAAUGCACAUUUAUUUCUA